AACCAUGAGUGAAGAUACAAAGUUUAUCGUAUCAGAGUUGAACAAGGUUUUGGGAAAAAAUUACAACUUAAUUUCCUUUAAUUCCUUGAGCCCUGAAGAUCUGCUGCAGGUAUUGAGUGAUGUAAUAUCAGAAGUACAACAGCAAGGAGGGCCAAAAAUCGACAUGAGAACCGAAAAUCCUGAACAAAGUUCCAUUCGCCUGCUUUCAGCAUUACGAAUCCUAAACUACCAACCAAAUAAAGAUCCGAUGUCGUUUAGACAAGGAUUGAUAAAGGGAGAUACAGAAAUAAUCCAUGACAUUUUGAAAUGGCUCCUAUCAAACAUGGAACUUGUUCGGAAGAGGACAUAUUUAUCUCGAUUUUUAGUAAAGAUCGAUGUACCAUUUGAAUAUCUUGAAGAUCCAGAUAUAUCUUUAUUGUACGAUCAGUACUCAAAAUUGGUUGAAGAAUUUAAAAUGGUUCAUAAAGAACGAGAGGCUGGAAAAAAGGCAGGAGAGGCUGCGGCAGAAGUGAAAGCAGAUUUAAAAGCCAUGGAAAAGGAGCGAGAAAUAAUAAUGGGACGGGUGGAGAAAAUGAAAAUGAGAGCCGAACCAGGUCUUCACCUGUUGUCAGCUGCGCAAGCACUAAGACUCGAAAGAGACAAGGAACGAGAAAUUGCCAUGCAAAAGGAACAAGAAAAAGGAGCCAUGUCGGCACUUCAAGUUUCUCUUCACAGAGCAGAACGGGAGUUACAAAAUCUGAAACAAGCCAGUGCGGGUCUGACACCUCAGGGUUUGAUUCAACGACUGUCAGAAGAAAUAACAGUGCUCGGUGUUGUUGCAAAUGAACGACUGCCUUCUGAACUGACAGCGAAGAAGGCCCAAGUUAAUGCUUUAAGGAAAGUCGUAGGAUCUCCUCACGUAGGGCCUGAUGAUAUCGGAGCCUUGAGAAAUAGAUUAGAUCUUGCGGCAAGAGAACUUCAAGCUUUGGUAGAAAACAAGGCUGCAGGAAGUGGAGCAGAUAAGAUGGUACCAUUUAGACAACAAGCCGCUGCUGUAGCCAGUAUGAAACGUAACACAUUAGACAGACUAGAAAAGACCGAAGCAACUUUGGAAGAGCUGUCAAUAAGAUUAGAACAUAAACGAGACGAGGCUAGACGUUUGGCAGAAGAGCCAGCACCAAAAGGUGAUGAAUUAAAACGAUACGUGGCAAGACUCAAAGCAAGAAGUGCUCUUUACAAAAGGUGUCGCAGUGAACUUGCUGGCCUCAAAGCGGAGAGUGGUGUUCUACAUCGCACCUUGGCUAUCCUUGAAAAUCAGAUGUCCCAGAUAAAACCCAGUAACGAGUCUCCUUCAGUGCGAUCCGUAUCUGUUCUGCCCGAUGAUUGCACCGUAGAAAGUGCAUCAUUGAUCAAUACACAGCUAUCUCGAAAUAUCUCUACAUUCAGAGCUCAAUUAGCUCCAUUAUUAAAUGAAUUGCGACCAUUACGACAAAAGUCUGAAGAACUGGAUGAAAGAUAUGAAAGAGCACAUAGAAGUCAUAGCUCGGUUGAUGCAAAUAUGGAAACUACAAUGAAUAAUUUGUGUUCUGAAGUUGAAGGGCUUCGAAGAAAUAUAAAUGAGAGUACUACUCAGGCUGAACGAUUGAGUGAAGAGGUAGCCAAGCUGAAAUUAGCAGAAGAUAGAAUUCAGCAGGAGAUACGAACUUAUGCAAGCCCUGGAGGAGGAUCAACUUUAAGAGAUGAAUUGCAAGAAUCAAUACAAAAAGAAGAGAAGAAAUUGAAGGUUUUAAAGGAAGAAGAACAACACGUAAAAGAACAUGCUACUCAAUAUGAGAACCAAACGCAACAGUGGAGCAAUCUUAUUUCAAUUUUUGAAUGCAAAUUGCAAUGUGCUGAAGAAAACAAGCGCAGAGAUGGAAUUGUAGUUCGAGGUCAAGGAGCAGAGCGACUUAUAUUGCAGUAAAACUCAAGGAAUAUUAAAAUUAAUUAUUACUUGAGAAAAUUGUUUUUUAUAAACAUAUUUAUGUAGACAAAGUUACUUAAUAAGUACUGAUCAA